CUCGAAACUUCCUUCUCAGUAAAACCUAAAUCAACAUGAGAGAACAUACUUUCUUAGAAACGAUUUCCAGUAAUGCAUCCAACAAUCAAUCAUCCUUUCAAAACGAAUCGUCCAGAAUCAUCAGCUCUAUAAAUUACGAAAUCGACGGAAACGUGCCACUCAAACGGCAUAAUGUGGCCCCAUCCACUUUUCCUGGGGAUUUUCCUCUGCCCACACAUAGAUGCCUUCAACACGGAUUUCAUAGUCGACUUCCUCAAGGUGAAACAGUCCAAAAGUGCGGUAUUUUUCCAUUGCGGUGACGAUGUGGAGUCUUACAGAAUGUAUCGGGUGAUGAUGGAAAUGAAUCUUUCACUGAGGUUCAUCAACAUAGGAAAGAGUACACAUUUGGAGGUGUUGGAAGUUCUCCCACAACGGAACUACGCUAGAACGACGUGUAUUUUCGAUUGUAGUUGCGGUGGAUCUUUGGAACUUUUGAAGAAGUUUUCAGAGCAACGAUUCUUCAAUACUACCUACAGUUGGUUAUUUCUUGACGACGAUGGUUCCUCUGGUGAUGGAAGAGAAAUUCUUUCGAAAUUAGAAGGCAUACAAAUAAAUUCUGACGUGACUAGUGUGAAACAAAUCACUUUCGAAAAUGAAACGUCGUACGAACUACAGGAUGUGUACACCAUCGGGAAACAUUUGUGUAAAGAUGUGUAUCAUACCACAUAUGGUCAAUGGAAUGCAAUAGAUGGAUUAGUAUUUGUUCCGAAUUAUAAUCGAUACUACACGAGAGGUAAUUUUGGAGGGCUACAAUUACGAGGUACGACUGUAAUUGAUCGAGAUAAUGUUACGGGUGCUGAUGUAGAUAGCAUCCUAUCUAUUCCUGGAAGUGAACCAGGGAUUGUAGUUUUCGUAAAGUAUCAUUACGCGUUGUUGGAUUUUCUGCGGCAUUAUCAUAACUUCAGUAUCAAAUAUCGCGUGGCACGAGGUUGGGCUGGUCGUCUCAAAACAGGAUAUCGACUAGGUAUGUUAGGAAUUCUUGGACGUAACGAGGCGGACGUUGCGGCAACUGGUAUAUUUCAAAGAAUUAACCGACAUGCUGAGUUCGAUAUCAUUCAUCAGAGUUGGGAGUUUAGGGCAGGAUUUAUCUAUCGUAUAACACCGGAACUAUCGAACGCCGCUGGCGGUGGAGAUUUCUUCAAACCGUUCGACAGUUCCGUUUGGAUUGCGACGUCGUUAAUGGUACUGCUGAUUGUAGUCAUUUUGAAACUUUCGGGAUUUUUGAUUUUCAAAACAUUUGAAAAUGAGCUGAAUCUCUCGUGGGCGGCAUACAUUGUGGUCGUCAUUGGGACCAUUUCACAACAGGGUAUUCCGGGUAAAAUUUCGAGAAUAUUCUCCGUAAAAAUAGUUCUCUCUUCUUUGCUCAUGCUGGUGUUGGUCGUCUACAACUACUACACGUCAGUAGUGGUGGGAGGGCUGCUCAGUUCUCCCGGAAUGGGACCGGAAACAGUUAGGGAGAUUAUCGACAGUCCCUUGGUUGUGUCAUUUCGGGACAUCGGAUAUCAUAAAAUUUUAUUCAGAGAAACAAAAGUGCCAAUCAUACGAGAACUGUAUGAUAAAAAGGUAAAACCUUCACGCGAGGGAAAGGAUAUGCUUGCGGUGUACUCGGAUAUUGUCACAGCCGUUCCUUUUCUGAAACGUGGCGGAUAUGCGUUCCAUUGUGAAAUGACCGAAGCCUUUCAGGAAAUUGCCUACGAAUUCGACGCCAAUGAUAUUUGCGAGCUUCGUACGGCAAAUGGGUUGUUCAACGACUUGAGAUUAAUGAGCUUUGUGCUGCCAAAGCGAAGCAUGUACACUGAGAUGUUUCGAAUUACAAUGAUGCGUAUUCAGGAAGUCGGACUGAUUAAAAGGACUCUAAAGAUUUACAAAAUUGAGAAGCCAAUAUGUCAAUCAGGAGGAAGAGUUAACCCAGUGGAGUUCUUCGGAGUAUCCACUGCUUUCACUGUUCUGGGCGUUGGAAUGGCGUUGUCAAUAGUAAUAGUUGUUGCAGAGUCGAUUAGUGUCAGAAAAUCUAAAAAGGCUGAGAAAGACAACAAAAUAUUCAAACAACGACGAUGAAACAUGGCAACUCUAUCCUGUAACGAAUAAACAAUUGGGCUGACAAGCUCCAUUUGCAAAUGAUUGACCCCCUUUUUUGCAAAGGCUGAGACAUGGUAAAACAACUUCCAACCGAUCAGCAAGGCUUUUAGUUGGAGAGAACCGUUGCAUACACCAGAGAUCCCUUAGGUACAACAGCUUACUACCGCAGACAGCGUGUGGACAGAAUCCAGAACAGCCGCUCCUAAACUACACACUUUAUGAUUAUGUUUCCCUUAUUUACUUCAGUAAUUUUAUUGCGCAUUAUUAUUACUGUUACAUGGUUCCGUUUCGCCCCUCCUAGGCUCGCCUCGGCCGGUCAGCCAACCUGCCAUGCCUCCCAGCUGCGUUAUGAGUAUUAGUCUAUUAUGUCUCCCUUUAGGGAACCUGAUCGACAUAUGGGACACAGUGUCUCCCGUCUGAUCGGACAUCAUCGUACAGGGGGUGUCCACGAAAAAUAAAGAAUUAUUUCCAAACCUUUUCGAUUGCUUCUUAUAACGUCUACGCUUUCUGAUUGUAAAAAGGAAUCGGAAGAUUCAACGUUUGUGAGAAGCUCUCGUAAGUUCCGCAACCAAAGCUUGUUUACAGACCCUAUUCCCAGCCUUUUUACUUCACGUGACACGUAAUUUUGACAUUCAAGUGCUCUUUGGGGAGAAUGUAACGAAUUUGUUGUGUAAUGUGAGGAAUGAAAAGUAAGAAAUGAGCGAAUAGUUUUUGAAGAUUUUUUGUUCGGUGUGCAUUAUUAGAUGCGGAACGUGCAUAGUGGUUCAUGCGUGACG